UAUUAUUUAGAUAUCAGUGCAUUGUUUUUUUUACGGAAAUUUAUCGCGAAAAUUCAAAAACGACCUCGAAGAUCAUCCGUGAAAAUUUCUAAAAUUACCAUUUAACUUUUCUGUUCUUUGUUGCUUUGCGGUGUUGAACCGUCAGGACGAGUUUCGCACGGGAAGGAAAAUUUGUCGUGGUGCUGGUCAGUUGUCUGUAUUUGAUAUUUCCUACAGCUAUGGCCUGGCGCUCACGGGGAUUGAGUAAUGCUGAUCUGGUUCGCCAACUUCAAGAACAUGGCAUAAUCAAAAGCGAAGCCGUUGCACAGGCAAUGACGGCUACAGAUCGGAAACACUACGUUGCUAGUAACCUGAACCCUUAUAUUGAUACACCCCAACGUAUCGGCCAUGGUGCUACUAUUAGUGCCCCUCAUAUACAUGCAUAUGCCCUCGAGCUCCUGGAAAAUUAUUUAAAAGCAGACAGUAAAAUUUUGGACGUCGGAUCUGGAUCCGGAUAUUUAACAGCUUGUUUCGCUCGUUACAUUAUGAAAAAGGAAAAUGCUACCGGGUUCGUGGUUGGUAUUGAGCACCAUCCAAAGAUAGUUGAGCUAGGACGUAACAAUAUCAGAGCGGAUGACGAGUCACUAAUUGAUAGCGGGAAGAUAAUUCUAGUCGAGGGAGAUGGCCGCCUGGGCUACAAAGAACACGCCCCAUACGAUUGCAUCCAUGUUGGUGCUGCUGCUCCGGAGACACCCCAAGAACUAAUAAAUCAGCUGAAACCCGGAGGUCGUCUUUUAGUCCCGGUUGGCCCGGACGGCGGAACACAAUACUUGGAACAGUACGAUAAAGAUGCUAAUGGGAAGGUUACCAAGUCCCGCCUCAUGGGUGUGAUGUAUGUGCCCUUGACGGAUUUGCACUCGUGAUGCCCAAGCCGAGCAAGCUGCUGUCUAACGGUACGAGUCGUACUGAUGCUGAUGAUGCUUCUUCUGUUUGGUUACAGUCUUAAGAGAAGAUUUUUCUAGAGGUAUCUAGUUCGCAGGCAGCAGGUCUAUAGCAAGUAAAGUUUUGAGUUUUGAAAUGAGUUUUAGCUUUGUAAUGAGUUUGUUAUUUAUAUGCAGCGUUUGUUUCGAGAAUUUCUGAUCGCCGAGAAAUUAGUUCAUUAACACAAGUAUCAUUUAUUCUACUCGGUAGGUACCAGAAUAUAAAUAUUAGCAAGUAUUUUUUCUUAGGUGAAUGCAAAUCCUACCAAUGCAAUCAAAAGAUCUAAUAAUAGUUAAAACCCUAUCAAGAUGCUUAAAUGGAACAUGAAAGCUGUACAAACCGCCAUUAGAAGAUCAGGCGGUUUCGAUAGCUGUUUAAAGGGAACGAAGAACUACCUUCAAAAUGAUUUUCAUGCUGAUUUUAAUUAGAUGAACAACAUGAAAUGUUUGUUAAGGUUAUUAAACUUUUUAUUAAUCUUCAAAGUUAACCAGUAUGCUUAUAUAAACCAGACACACACCGGCUCUACUAUGCAUAUCUUCAAAAAAAAUCGUAGUUCUGUUUUUAACAUAAUAAUAAUGUACUGGAUAGUGUAAGCUGCUCUUAUAUUCGAACUUUUGGUUGCUUGGAAUAGUUUUAUUUUAAGUCGUUGGUACUACAUUCACCACAUUUUGUACCAGAUCGCAGAUAAAACAAGUCGCUGGUUAGUAGAGUUAUUUGCAAAUAAACCUUGAAUUGAUUAUCGGACAUAAUUCCUUCAGUUAUUGUUAUUGCGCGUUCCAUGCUAAAUUUAAACGAAUGUAAUUUUUAUUUGAACAUUUUAAAUAAAGCUACGAAUCAGAUAA